AUGCAGCUCCUCUCGAUCCAGUCGCACGUGGCCCACGGCUACGUGGGGAACAAGGCCGCCGCGUUCCCGCUCCAGAUGCUCGGCUGGAACGUCGACGUGCUCAACACGGUCAACUUCUCCAACCACACGGGGUACGGCAGUGUCCACGGCGAAGUGGUCGCUGGCGACAAACUCGCCGACCUCUACGCCGGGCUGUGCGACAUAAACGUCCAGUACGACGCCCUGCUCACGGGAUACAUCCACGGCGCCAGCUCGUUGGCCGCCGUCGGCCAGAUGUGCAAGGCCGUGAAAAGAAGCCGGCCCGAGUGUCUCUGGCUGCUGGACCCCGUCAUGGGCGACGACGGCCAGAUCUACGUCAGCGAGGACGUCAUCCCUGUGUAUAGACAGCUGGUGCACAGCGGCCUUGUCGACGUGAUCACGCCGAACCAGCUCGAGCUCGAGCUGCUGCUGGACUUCAAGAUCGCCUGCCGCGCCGACCUGCGACGCGCCCUGGCCACGUUGCACACAGAGCACCAGAUCAAGCACGUGGUGGUCUCGUCGCUGUUUCUGAGCCCGCAGCAGCUCGGCUUGGAGGCCAAAGGCUCUGGACUCGUAUUUCACCGGCGUCGGCGACCUGUUCUCUGCGCUGCUGCUGGACAGGCUGUUCAGACUGCAGGACGUGGUGCUGGCGACGAACCAGGUGCAGAGCGUGAUGUCGCGCGUGCUGGCCGAGACGCAGCGGAUGUGCGUCGAAAAGCUCGGCGCGACGGUGCAGGGCAAGCUCGGCGACGCCACGUCCAUGAAGGAGUGCGAGCUGCGCAUCGUCGAGUGCCGAAACCUGUACCACCUCGAGCUGACCGAUUUCAGGGCGGUGCCGCUCUAACAAUGGUGGAAAAUUUUACAGUGGCUUCUUUCUCUCAGUCACGUGCAAUUUUAUCAGUACCGACGACAAAGUCGAAGCCGCGAGUGAAAGGUUGGCCAAAAGUUAUCGACUCUUCUCCCAAAAUGCUCGUUCCCCACGGAGGCGUCCUCCAAGACCUGCUGCUGCGCGAUGCGCCAAUCAAGAGCGAGCUGAUCGCCGAGGCUGCCACCCUCAAGUCUCUUUCUCUCACCGACAGACAGCUGUGCGAUCUCGAGCUGAUCCUCGUCGGAGGAUUUUCUCCCUUGACCGGUUUCCUCAACGAGGCCGACUACACGUCUGUCGUGCACAAGAUGCGGCUCUCUACGGGCGAGGUGUGGCCCAUCCCCAUUACCCUGGACGUUUCCAAGGAGGUGAGCUCGCAGUUCACGUCGGGCGACAGAGUUGUGCUGAGAGAUCCCAGAGACGACCUUGCGCUGGCUAUUCUCACCGUCGGCGACAUCUACACCCCGGACAAGCAGCUGGAGGCGAAGCAGGUGUUCAGAGGCGACCCUGAGCACCCCGCUGUCCGCUACCUGUUCGAUGUGGCUGGUGAGGUGUACAUUGGUGGCGCAUUACAGGCCAUCAGUGCGCCAAAGCACUACGACUACACCGAGCUCAGAAAGACCCCGGCCCAGCUGCGCUCCGAGUUUGCCAACAAGCACUGGUCCAAGGUGGUUGCGUUCCAGACCAGAAACCCAAUGCACAGGGCCCACAGAGAGCUGACGGUGCGUGCUGCCAGAGACAAGCUGGCCAACCUGCUGAUCCACCCCGUUGUCGGGCUGACGAAGCCGGGCGACAUCGACCACCACACCAGGGUGAAGGUGUACCAGGAGAUCAUCAAAAAGUAUCCAAACGGCAUGGCGCAGCUUGCUCUGCUGCCAUUGGCCAUGAGAAUGGCCGGAGACAGAGAGGCCCUGUGGCACUCCAUCAUCAGAAAGAACUACGGUGCCACGCACUUCAUUGUGGGCAGAGACCACGCGGGACCGGGAUCCAACUCGAAGGGAGUUCCUUUCUAUGGUCCGUACGACGCCCAGGAGCUUGUGGAGAGAUUUUCCACCGAGCUCGAGAUCGAGGUGGUCCCCUUCCGGAUGGUCACCUAUCUGCCCGACGAGGCCAGAUACGCUCCUAUCGACAGCAUCCCAGACGGCACCAAGACGCUCAACAUCUCCGGAACCGAGCUCGGAAAGCGUUUGAGAGAGGGCACCCACAUCCCAGAGUGGUUCUCGUACCCUGAGGUGGUCAAGAUUCUCAGAACCGCUUAUCCUCCAAGACAGACCCAGGGUUUCGCCCUGUACCUGCAGGGGCUGCCUAACUCGGGCGUUGAGGCGCUGAGCUAUGCUCUGCAGGCCACGUUCAACCAGUUUGCCGGUGGCAGGCACAUCACGCUGCUGGAUGCGGCCAAGAUCGGCAGCGGAGCAGUCAGCUUUGUUGUUGGCGAGCUGGUGAGAUCUGGCGCCGGCGUGAUUGUGGUGAACAGCGAGGAGGUCGUUUCGAACGCCGCGCUGGCUGCCAUCAGGAACACCGUUGCCAAGUCCGGCACGUUUGUCGUGGUGUCUGUUGAGACGCCUAGGGCCGUGUGCGAAGCUAACGACAGAAAAGGAUACUUCCAGGCUUCCCGGCAGGACAUCGAGGGUUACGAGGUGCCCGCCGAGGCGGAGAUCCGCGUGGACCUCGACUCUCUGCCGAUCAACACUGCGAUCCAGAAGAUCGUCUUGUACUUAGAGGAGGAAGGGUUUUUCGUGUUCUAG